AUGGAAAACUCUCGUUCAGCCCCAGCAAUGAACCCCAACGCACCUGCUAGGUCGUAUGCUGAGGUUGUCAGGGGGACAAGCAAAAAUAGCAAAGAGAACAAAGAGGUUGAAGGGGCGGACCCUCUGGGGAAAUCUAUUAAGUGGCUAUCCUUCUUUGGGUCAAAAGAAGCCAUGCAGAAUACUUUGGUGGGGGAGUUAGAAAAUUUCCAAGCUCUCAUGAAUGUGAAAGCUUUUCAGGAGGUUGAGGGAUGCCCAGUGAUCCAAUUAAGAAACAAAUUAGAUAGGCAAAUUUGA